AUGAUUUCGUCUUCUCACGCAACUAUACUCUCUCAGCGCAUUCUCUCAUCAUCAGCAUCUCACACGUUACGGCACCAUAAGCAGACCGGUUUUACGAGUCAAUUAUGGAAGACCAAAAAUGCAAUACGCGUCUUCGCAACAUCAAACCCACUCCGCGAAUUAAUGGAUCUAUCCGGAUUCACCGAGAAACAACUCACUGUCCGCGAAGCAGUGUCGCAAGUCUGCUCUCAGUUCCCGUCAUCUUACUGGCGGGAAUGUGAUCAAGAGGAGCGAGAUCCCAAGGAAUUCCAUGCUGCACUUGCCAAAGAUGGAUGGCUGGGUAUAGCCUUGCCUGAAGAGCUCGGUGGGUCGGGAUUAGGAAUAUCCGAGGCUACAUUGAUGAUGCAGACCAUCAGCCAGUCCGGGGCAGGUAUGGCAGGCGCACAGUCCAUACACGCCAAUGUCUACGCAACCCAACCACUAGCAAAAUUCGGUACAAAAGAGCAGGUCCAAAAAUUAAUCCCCAAUAUCAUCAAUGGUACCUGGCGCACAUGUUUUGGGGUGACGGAGCCAAAUACGGGUCUUGAUACGUUGAAACUCAAGACAACGGCAACCAAAAAUUCGGACAAUACGUACCUUGUUUCUGGUCAGAAGGUCUGGAUUACAUGUUCGCAGGUUGCGUCUGUGAUGAUCUUGCUCGCGCGAACGAUGUCGCUUGAAGAGACGCAAAGGCCAACGGAAGGUUUGUCGAUGUUCGCUAUCAACCUGGACCGCAAAAAUCCUGGCCUAGAAUUGAAAAGGAUCAAGAAAAUGGGGGGCAGAGCCGUCGAUGCCAACGAGGUCUUCUUCGAUAAUUACGAAAUUCCCGCUGACACACUAGUCGGCAAGGCAAACGAUGGAUUCAAAAUCAUUCUGCAUGGAAUGAAUGCCGAGCGUUGUCUACUCGCUGGAGAAGCUCUUGGUCUCGGAUAUGCUGCCCUGGAAAAGGCCUCGCUGUACGCCAAAGAGCGACAGGUGUUCGGGCGGCCAAUUGGCAAGAAUCAAGCUAUCGCUCAUCCUCUAGCGGACGCGUACAUGAGACUUGAAGCCGCGAAACUGGCCACAUAUCAUGCAGCGCGCAUGUACGAUGCUUCCAAAACUGACAGCUCGAUUUCAUCCCAAGCUGUUGGAACGGCUUGUAAUAGUGCCAAAUACCUGGCUGCGGAAGCUGCAUAUACAGCGUGCGAACGCGCUGUUAUGACGCAUGGUGGUAUGGGUUACGCGGUGGAAUAUGAUGUUGAGCGAUGGCUGAGGGAGUGUUUUGUGCCCCGUAUUACACCUGUUAGUACCGAGAUGAUUCUGAACUAUAUUAGCGAGAAGGUUUUGCAUCUCCCUAGGAGCUAUUGA